AUGAAGCUUGGGAGCAUGACGGCAGUGGCUGACUUCCCAUGGAGCAGUCCGGCGCUUCGGGUGAAUCAGAACAGGGCAUACGGCAGUGGCAAGGGCAUCCUCGACGCCACCCUUCUCUCCUCCGGCGAGCGUCUUGCAGUAGCGGCAUCGACAAGCAAGUUCCUGGCAGUGGUCUCUUCCUCCGGCAUAGUGGAUGUUCUCCGGGGUUUUUCUCCGUCCAAAACAGAUGUCUCGCUCUUUCACUACUCUGCUGCAUCGUCUCGGGUUUUCUUACUGGUGUAUGUAGACGACAUUAUCAUGAUGGGGAAUGAUUCCACACUCAUCACUACUCUACUACACGGCCUGUCUUCCACAUUCAAGAUACGGGACCUUGGGACUCCUGGGUUCUUUUUCGGCAUUGAAACACUUAAGAUAGACUCUAGGCUGAUGCUCUCACAACGACGUUACAUGGACGACAUUCUAACUCGCGUCAGCAUGUCUGAUUGUAAACCAGUAUCGACCCCAGCUGCUGUGACGCAAGAUCUGUCUUAUUCUGUUUACCGCUUAUGCCAGUUCAUGCACUCUCCGACUACCAAUCAUUGGGGCCUACUAAAGCGAGUCUUACGAUACAUCAAGGGCACUCUCGACCACAGGCUGCGCCUGUCAGUCUCCGUUUCCUCAGCCAUUCAUGCCUUUUCUAACUCUGAUUGGGCUGGUUGUCCCCUAGAUAGGAAGAGCACGAGUGGUUAUGCUGUGUUCUUGGGUUCCAAUCUCAUCUCUUGGCUCUCCAGGAAGCAGCGCACUGUGGCACGAUCAUCAACUAAAGCCGAGUACAAAGCCCUAGCUGAUGUCUCCGCAAAAGUUACUUGGGUGGUUUCGUUGCUCCAGGAACUGGGUCUCCAUUCCGGUGAAGCUUAUACUCUUUGGUGUGACAAUCUUAGGGCCGUUUAUCUCUGCGCCAAUCCAGUUUUUCAUGCCAGGACCAAACACGUUGAAAUUGAUUUUCACUUUGUUCGAGACAAGGUGGCUUCUGGGGAUCUGGUGCUUAACUUUGUGUCUACUAAAGAUCAGCUGGCGGACAUCUUCACCAAGCCAUUACCGGGACCGAGGUUUGCAACUCUACGUGACAAUCUCAAUGUGGUAACACAUCACCCUUGUGCUUGA